GGGCACACGGCCGGCCAAGUCUCCAGAGCUGAGCCUUCCUCGGCGCGAGCCGGGCGAGCCCUGCCACGGAUGCCCUGGCCGGAGUGCUCCCUGCCACACCAGGCUUGCCAGGGUCCGCGGAGAGACAUGCCCGAGCCCGGCGCAGCACCGACCUCGACUUAUCUGUAAGCAGCAGAAGGAACCAUGGUCAGCAAGGACUCGGGCCGACGCACACUCACAACCCCGGAGCCAGAAGUGGAGCCGGCUGCCUGCCUGGCCCUGGAGAAGUAUGCCCUAGACCCCAACCGGCAGAUCAAGAAGCGGAACAAAGCCCUGCAGGUGCGCUUUAAGGACAUCUGCGAGGCCCAGAACGAGCAGAGAGACCUCCAGCUUUCCUCGGCAGCGCUGGCGGAGAGGCGGGAGGCCAAGCCCGUGUCCUGCAGGGCCACUUAUCGAAAGUACAUGACGGUGCCUGCCCGCCGCUCCAUCCCCAAUGUCACCAAGAGCACCGGUGUGCAGACCUCGCCAGACCUCCGGAAGUGUUACCAGACGUUCCCUCUGGACCGCAAGAAAGGGAACCUCAAAAGCAUCCCAGCUGCAGAGCCCUUCAAAAGCCAAAACAAUGGGUUUAUAGCUGAGUCAAAAGAGAAAAGCGAGGCAGAACCAAUGGAAGACCCCCGACCCUGUGGCGCAGGGCGGGUUCACAAGACCACAGCCUUGGUUUUCCAUUCCAACGAGCAUGUGGACGCGCUAGACCAGCUUUCCGGGGUCAACUGUACCGAGCUCUGCAAACCUGAUGGGCUCAGCCACCCCGAAGGUCUGUUACACAACUCCCGGCCUCUCUCUGAGGAGCCUGUCCAUCAGCUGCAGGGGAGAGCAAAACCCGACAGGGGAACCCCGGACUCUGAGGACCCCACUCUGCUCACCCACGGCAGAGUGUUUAAAACGGAGGUGGCUACCGUGUACCCGCCUGCCAUCAGUGCCAGGGCCUCUGAGCCUGGCCUGUCAAACUCUGCUGCUGCCAGCCAGUGGUCCCUCUGCCCUGUGGAUGAGGAGCAGAGAAGGGCCGCCCACCUCAAUGGGCUACAGGCCUCCACGGGGUCUGCUGUGGCCCGCUCACCCACAGAGCCGUGCCUGUCCCCAGAAUGUAGCGAACAGUCCCAGCCAAGCCCUACAGCAGGUGAGGAAUGUCAACAAAUUGUGCCUCACACGGAAGUGGUGGACCUCAAGGCCCAGCUGCAGGCAAUGGAGAAGUUGAUUAGCUCAAGCCAGGAGACCAUCAAAGUACUCCUGGGAGUGAUUCAGGAGCUGGAGAAGGGAGAGGCCCACCGGGAAGGAAAGCCCGCUCCAACAAAGAGCUAUUCUGGGGCUUCUGCUGAGGAGAGGGGAGUGUUGGGUGCUGAUCUGGACCCUGCAGUAGAGCACUGUGGGACGAUGGGAGGCCAGAGGGACCACAGAAGACUGGCACCAACGCAAGUGCUGGGCGCUGUCCCUGGUCCUGAACACAGUCUUCUCUUCCAAUUGCCAUGGUUAGGACAGAAGACCUUCGGGGUACUGAGGGCCACGUUGCCCUCCUUGUCAAUAAAGCCCAGGGGGUUCAUAGUGCCAGAAAAGUGAUUCACAAUUUAUCCCCCAGUCCUGUUCAGCACUCACUUGUAAUUCUCUAUGACAUCCCCAUGUUAUUCUGAGCUUCAAUAUAAAAUCACAGAGCCUGACUGUAAAAUCUGAGUAAAUUAAUAUUAACUGAACAGGUUCAAAGGUACCAGGGAUCGUAUCAGGAAGAAGCAGGCUUGGGUCUGUCAAGUUAAGAAGGGAGUCAGCUUAUAAAGUAGUGACUUCUAAGAUCAAAGUAAUAAGUCACCCGAUCAACGUGAUCCUGUGUUGUAGCUUCUAGGUCAGCAACAUAAACUCAUGCCUAUCUAAUCUAGUAAAUCAGAGACUUCACCUGCUGCCCCGAUGAGUUAUGCCCAGCAGUGUGGUCAAUUGGAGUUUGUCUGUCCAGCUGGGUGACGUUUUGGACUGCUCUUCCACGUACCAAUGGCAGAAUGGAAAGAAAAUCAUUCCAUGUAUCGGUUUAAUGAAAAUGCUUCCACAUUGACAAGGAAAGGGGGAUGUUCACAGGACAGCCGUCUGCUCCCAGUCUCACAGCCGAGCUUAUCUGUUUGUCUAUAUCUGGAGGACAUACCCUUUCAAGUGCUGAAGCCCAACUAUUAAUGUGACCGCCGAGUGCUCACUGAAGCCAACGCCCGCAGCUUGGAAGCUCCCCGGGCAAUUAGCUGAGCUAUUAGAGCAGUGAGCACAGCAGAUUCCAGAAUUUUAAGUCCUGCAUUGAGAACACCCCUGUGCUUGAUGAAAUUGUAGCAGACACUGAUUGACAGUAACUGCUGGUAGAAGCCUUAGAGUAAGUCACACAGCACAGGUCAACGUGUUAAAUUUCACAAGUUAAUCCCUCGUUGACUUGUCUGGACUCCAAAAGUCAAUCCUUUAAAAAAUGACAACAAAAAGGGUCUUAACUAAAACGUAUGCCAAGUCCCAAAAACACAUCUCAGAAAGAGAAAGCUGAAAAAACAAAAACCACUGACAAAAUAAUACAACUGGCCAUUAAGUUUUCUGAGCGCUGCAGAGUGAUCAGACGUGCCCCUGCGCAGAGCACGCGAAGGCAGCCCCAGCCUCUGCCCGCCAGGCAUCACCCAAGUGUGCGCUUUUUUCUUCCCUUGUACCUUUCCUUUCCUCUCCCUCCUGCAGACGGGUGUGUGCGUGCCACAGCACACGUGUGGAGUCAGAGGACGGAUCUCAGUCUUUACCUUCCACCUUGUUGGAGGCGCGGUCUCUUGUUCACCACCGCAUUGACCAGACUAAGUAUCCCACAGGUGUCUGAGCUCUGCUCUCCAUCUCCCAUCUUCACACGGGUCAUGUUGGGAUUAUAGAAGGCCAUGCGAAUGUGGGUUCUGGGGAUCCAGGCAUGGGAACUCACGUGUGCACACAGCCAGCACGUAUAUCCCGGCCCAGCUCACAAGCCCACUCCUUUUCUUCAGUCCCACGUAAGCGUUGCCAUCACUCCCAUCGUAGGGUUUUAAAGCAUCAAAGCCUGUUUGUCACACUCGACCUCAUCACAAGAUGAAUACCUGCGUUUUUAUUAACACUGUGAUCUUAGUACAUAUACCAUCUCCUUAAAGGUCCAGCCAGAGUCACCUCUGCACCAUUCCCACUCUGUCUUUGGAGAAGUAUCAAAAUGUUCAAACCAUUCAUCAGCCCAUCAUGAACUUGUAUGGUCACCACCUGCCUUUCCCCUCGGCUGUCCACUUCAUGAGGACAGCAUGUAUCAUGUGACAGUCACGUCGAUGUGCUCAGUGCCCAGGCUGAUGGCAGACACCUAGAUGACAUUUCACCACCACUUGCUAACACAGUGAUGGGACAAUGUGCACAUUUUAUAGAGUGUUUAGGACAGACUUCUUAGGAUGGGCUUCAGCAAGAUGAUUUCUGACUGGGGUAUUCAUUCUGCUGUUUGGGAAGAGUGUUCCCUUCUGACUCUACAGAGCCUGAAGGCUUCGUCCUAGCUUUGCCAGAUGUAGACAGUCCCCAGAUGCCAGCCUCAUAUCAUGACAAACAGUAGCAAGACACAAGCCAGGCAACCCUGAGCACCAGAAGCCUGGGGUCUGAGACAAUGAGAUUUCGAAGCUGAGGGUCACUCUGUCUGCUCUGGAAAACAGGAAGGAGUCAGUCACUGGAAGGCUCCAGGCCCUCCUCCACAUAAGGCCCUUGGAAACUGAGGUGGUUGAGCAAAGAAGGAGCAUGACGUUGGUGAGGUAUGACAGGUCUUCCUGACGUGUAGGGCAGGAAAGUUAUGAGCCUGGACUGUGCCUCCGGGUAGCAGUUAAAGAGACACUGGGCCUUCUUUGCUUAGGCACCUGGAGUUUGGAGGUGCCAUAUGCACCAGGGCAUGCCAGUGCCUUGUGUCCACCCUCCAGGGCAGCAGCACCUCAUGGGCAACUCAGUCCAAUAGGAUGAGGGCAGGUCCAUUUGGAAAUCACUGCUAGGAUUUGGCCUCAGGCACCACACUUCCUUCCCUGCACAAAAUGGCCAUGGCCAGGAACAGGCCAAGCCCAAGAGGCAAAGUAGACAGAGAAGAGAACUGUGCAUAUCCCGGACACAGGAGAUGGGGAGAGGCUGGAGGAAUUCCGGGCCAAAUCCGGGCAAGGUGAAAGUCCAGGAGACAUGCACCUUUGGGCUUUGUGUGAAAAGGGCUGAGAAGGGCACAUUGCCACGUGUGGGGAAGAACAAAGGGAGAGUGUGGGACACAGGUGGCAAGGCAAAAUGUGGGCACAGAAAGGUCCCCAAUAUGGGGAUGUGAUAACAGAAAAGAGACAACAACACAAAGCAGGGACGAAGGUGUCGGGCAUGUUGGCGCAUGCCUUUAAUCCCAGCACUCACU